AUGAAAGUAUGUGGAUGUUAUCGUUUUAAGAUUAAGAUGGUGUCCGAAGGGUCUCAUAGACGCUACUUCGACCUUUUGAAAAAAUCCACUCCAGAUGGAAAGUUAUCACUGUUCUUAGAUCGCAGAACGUUCAUAGAUCAUUUCAGCCACGUCGAUCCUGUAGAUGGAGUUCUAUUAAUAUCACAAGAUAUAAAGAAUACCGAAUAUGUUUUUUUAAUCUUUACAUGUUCAUAUCGUUUUGGUCGUGAUGAUUUAGAUGUAUUAGGAUUGACAUUUCAAAAAGAAUUAUUAAUUUAUACAAAAUGUUUAUGGCCAAAUCAUUCAUUAAUUAUUGAUAAACAAUUACCUAUUUAUAAUAAUAUAAAAAAUCAAACUAAAAAAACAUGGAAAAAUAAAUUUAAAAGAAAAAUAAAAAAGAAAAUUGAAUCGAUUGAAGAUAUUUCAUCGAUUGUAUUAAGUGAUGAUUCCUAUGGAAUAUUUAGUCAAACUUUAACAAUCAAUGAUUUAUCACCAUUUCAAUUAAAAUUAAUUAAUAAAUGUAAUCAACGUACUAUACCAUUUCGUAUAUUUUUACCUCCAUCCAUAUCUCCUUCAUCAGUUGCUAUUCAAACAACCCAAGGAAGCAAUAAUAAACCGUAUGGUAUUAAUUAUGAACUGACCGCAUUUAUUGGUAAACGAAUUGAUGACAAUCAACCAGCAAGUUCAACAGUAACAAUUGUUUUAAGAAAAUUGACUGCUGGACCAAAAAUAACACAUCGUCCUUUAGAACCUAUUAUUGAAUCGAUUAAAAAAUCUAUUAAUUUACCAUGUCAUAAUGGUGAAUUAUUUAUUCAAGCGUCUAUUGAAAAACCGUUGUAUUAUCAUGAUGAAUCUGUAUGUGUAUCGAUAGUAUUGGAUAAUUUAUGUCAAUUACCUGUUAGAAAGUUACAAGUAGCAAUUGUACAAAUUGCUGAAAUUUAUGUCUUGACCAAAGGAACGUAUCGAUCGACAAUAGAUAAGCAUUUCUGCAAAGUUAACCUACCUCAAGCUGGAGAACAACAAUGGAAAUAUACAACACUGUUAAAUACUAAUUUAACAGAUAAUCUAUUAAAACGUGGUGUGGCAUUAGAUGGUUAUAUAAGACAAGAGAAAAAUUGGUUAGCUUCAUCAACAGUAUUGAAUUUAUCCGAAAACUUUAAAGAAUGUUUAGAAAUGAUGCAAAAUAUUAAUAAAAAUGUAAAUAACUCUACAGAUCUGGUAAUAAAAGCUAAUAAGGAACUACAUGGAAUUGUAAUUUCUUAUUGUGUUCGUGUUAGAUGCUGGAUUGGAAUUAGCCGAUGUUCGUUGUACAUUCCAUUCUUAUUGAUGCAACCGGAGAAAGAGUCUGAAGAAGAGGAUAAUCAUGUAAAUUGUACAAAUAAUCAUACUCUACAUGUGGAUAUCGUUCAACUUCAUCCUUCAGAAUUAAAAGUGAAUAAUAAUGAAUUAGUGGAAGCAUCAAAUGACAACAAUAAAGAGUAUAGUGUAUAA